UCAGCCUGUGAUUUCGCCUGACUUUCUGCUUAGCUAGUCUUGUCUAUCCUUCAGUUUAUUAAAAUGGCCUCUUUGAAAGUAUUAACUUGUUUGAUUUUCUCGUUGUUUAGUUUUGUGUACGGGAAUGUACCCGUGUUAUUGUGGGAGUCAAGCAAAAGUGAGCGAGUUAAUACAUUUCCUGCGUUUCAUAGGAUAAGCAGUGAAGAUUUCCAAAAGUGCAUUCUGAAGAAGGUUCAUGGGGAACAACCUGUCCCUCUCAUUGCUCUCUUUGCUGAGGAACGCUUGUCUAUGGAAGACUUUAGCUGGCAAGAUUCUGAGGGGCAUGGUUACUAUCCUCGACUGAAAUACAUCAUUGAAAAUGCCGCGAAUACUGAGUUUCUACCAUCAGUCCAAAACCCAAUCGAAGCUGCAAAUACACUCUCUGAAUUUGGAUACUCUCUCAAAACCAUAGACCACAGUGAAACAAGUAACCUGCCUGAUGGAUGUGGUAAAAUAUUGAUCAUCAAGCUUCAGGAAGCCAAACCAGAUGAAGACAGAGCAGACAUGCUCAGGAGACACGAUGAAAAAAUUGCAGAAGUUUACAGUCAGCUUCUGUCAAAAUGCAGUCAUGUGAUUGGAAUCAUGACAGGCCAACAGCCAUCAUGGGUGGAACCAGAAGAAGUUACAAGACUUAGGCGUAGUGCUGAUGACAACAGCACAUCAGUUACCGGACCAUACACUCUCUACCAAGAAGCCCGAGGAAAUUCAAUGUUGUAUUCCAGUAAAGUUCCGAAAUUGUCCAUUGACGGCAAAGAAAUCAGUUUUCCGAAUACAUCUGCAAUUAUUAGUGGCGACAACUCAAAAGCUAACAGUAUCAAACUGUUUGUCAAAUAUGGUAAUGAAUACCGUCUCACAUUCAAUUUCGACAAUCAAACCAGUGGCUACUGGUACUUGCGCUCAGUCGAGUUGAGCAACAUUGGGCAAAAUGAGAACUGGAUUCUGAAGAGCAAAAAUGAAAUUUAUGCUCCACUAGGAAUGUCCUACCACACCGGAUCUACUGUCACCUUUAGAAAUGUUACCAAAGAUAGUGUGAAGGAAUUGAAAUUUUCAGACUUUCAGGUGGAACCAUUCUUCUCCAAAACAGGGUCCAAAACAUUCAGCGAAGCCAUGGAUGAAGUGCCAUUCUUCACACCGGCCAUCUGGUCAGGGAUAUUUGUCACUUUUCUGUUGGCACUCAUCUUUACCUGGGGAGUCUCCAUGAUCAUGGACAUCCGAACCAUGGACCAAUUCGAUGAUCCCAAAGGCAAGACCAUAACUGUCACGGCAACUGACUAAGUGACAAACGAGUAGAUUAUACCUUGUCAGUAUAAAACCAAUGGCUUAGUAAAUGUGAAAGAGGUAAAAGGUUAUUGUACUUAGCAAAGUUUUGUUUUAACAUAACAGACUUUUAAGUUGUAUUCCAGUUUCUUUUAACGUGUUUUUAUACAAUUUUUUUGCUGUGGUGGAUUCAUGCAGAAAUCUGUAUUCUGAACAUUUUAGAAGAAAAUAAGCUGUCAUUUAAUGUGACAACGCUUAAGUCAAGAGCACAUUCCUUUCAUUGUAUAUUGUAAUGAACCUAAACAUCUUAUAAGUAACGUUUUAUCCUCUUUUAAAUGUCGUGAUUUGUAAAUAUUAGAAGUAGUUGAAUCAAUCAAUACAAGCCUCGAGUUUAAGUCUACAAAGAACGAAAAGUAAAUCAUGCAAUAACGCCAGCGCAUGUGUAUGAUUCUGACGAUGAACAAACUUAUGUCAGUUUGUAGGAGAACUCGAUUGUUAAAGACCUUUUAGGGUAAUAAAUUUGUAAUAUAGUUUGAAAGAAUAAUUAUUUUAUUGUGUUGAAUUAUUUUUUAUUUUAUUUCGCAAAUCCAUUUAUGUUAAUAAAUUAUAAAAUUCUUAUUCAUAACAAAUUGUUGUGUAACAUGAUUGAGUGUAUCUAGAAUUUUGUGUAUAUUAAUAAUUCUGUUAUUUGGUGAACACUAUGUUAUGAAAUAUAGUAUAAAUUAAUUAAUUUAA